CGCGUUAUCACCCCAUUGCAUUUUAUCAGAAUCAAUCUAUCUAUCAAUCAAUCAACAGAGGUAUUUUGAGCUAUGGCAGGAGUGGGACCUAUCUCGCAGGACUGGGAACCCGUUGUCAUCAGGAAGAAAGCCCCCAACGCCGCCACCAAGAAGGACGAGAAAGUCGUCAACGCCGCCCGUCGCUCUGGCGCCGAUAUUGAAACUAUAAAAAAAUCAAAUGCUGGCACGAACAAGGCUGCCUCUAGCAGCACUUCUCUGAACACAAGGAAACUUGAUGAAGACACAGAGAAUCUUUCCCAUGAACGAGUACCAACUGAACUCAAGAAAGCAAUUAUGCAGGCACGAACUGAAAAGAAACUCACCCAGGCUCAGCUUGCUCAGCUGAUCAAUGAGAAGCCCCAAAUUAUACAGGAGUACGAGUCUGGUAAGGCCAUUCCUAAUCAGCAGAUACUUACCAAGCUGGAGAGGGCCCUUGGUGCAAAACUGCGGGGAAAGAAGUGAAGCAGAACUUUUUGGAAACUACUUCCAGUACUUUUAAUAUUGUUGUGUGAGUCUCUAAAAUUGGCUGUAUUUAUUAACUUGUUCUACCAUCAUCAAGGCUCUCUUGUAAGAAUUGUCUUUGACAGUUUGACUCUGUGAUCGCUAUAAAUUUGAGGUCUUUGUUUUA